AUGAACAGCUCUCUGGCUCAACCACUCCAUUAUGCAGGAGGCUACGAACCCCAAGAUUCCAAGGAGUGGAAGGUGGUGAUCCCAGCCUUCUUGGGGGUGAUCUGCCUGGCUGGUUUUGCAGGGAAUGUGUGUGUCAUUGGAAUCCUACUGUACAACUCAAAGAAAGGGAAACCUUCCAUGAUCCACUCCUUGAUCCUCAACCUCAGCCUGGCAGAUCUGUUCCUUAUCCUCUUUGUGGUGCCCUUCAGGGCUGCUGCAUACUCCAAGGGAGCCUGGUACCUGGGCUGGUUUCUUUGCAAAACCUCUGACUGGUUCCGACACGCCUGCAUGGCAGCCAAGAGCUUGACCAUUGCGGUGGUAGCCAAGACGUGCUUCAUGUAUGCAAACAACCCGGCUAAACAGGUGAACAUUAAGUGGCACACCAUCUGUGCAGUGCUGUUGGCCAUUUGGCUGGUGGCCUUGGGGAUUCCGCUGCCCUUGUGGUUCUUCAGCAGCCUCUGGCAGCCAGAGGCUGGCUCAGCUCUGUGCAUCGUGGUCAUUCCAGCCCAUGCUCACGAGUUCAUGUCAGCCUUCGUCAAGUUCUAUCCCCUGCUGGUAUUUUUCAUACCCCUCACCUUUGCUUUCUUUUAUUUCUGGAGAGCUUAUGGCAGAUGCCAGCGCAGGGGGACCAAGACUCAAAACCUGAGGAAUCAAAUCCGAUCCAGGUGCCUGACUAUGAUGCUGCUGAGCAUUACUAUCACCUCUGCUGUGAUGUGGCUUCCCGACUGGAUAUCUUGGCUGUGGCUCUGGCACCUGAAGAAGGACAGCCCUGCUCCUCCGCAAGGGUUUAUGGCCACUACGCAAGUCUUGAUGUUUGCCAUCUCUUCAGCCAAUCCUCUUAUCUUCGUACUUAUGUCCGAAGAGUUCAGAGAGGGUUUUAAAGGCUUGUGGAAACGGCUUACUCUGAAAAAGCCUCCGCCUACCCCAGAAGACGAGGAGGAAACAGCAGCCGAUAACUUGGAGGGAGUGCCAGAUACCACCCCUUCACCAGAGGCAGUGACUCCUGAUCAAGAGGAAGAGACUCCACCACUCCCCCAUACCUCAGAAAGCAUGGAAAUAAAGAAGGAAAUGCCUAUUUUUCCAGAUGUUGAGCAAUUCUGGCAUGAUCGGGAAGCAGUCCCUGAUGCUCAAGACAAUGACCCUAUUCCUUGGGAACAUGAAGAACAAGAGACAGUAGGUUGUGAUAAAAAGACCCUGAAAUUAGAAAGUUGA